AUGGCCGAUGCACAUACUUCCCUUCGCCACAGAAAUUCAUGCGUCAGUACGCAUUCCGGCAACCCAAACCUUGACAAUGGAGAUGCGCUUGAUGCGAAUAAAGAGAAUCAGCAGCGUGUGAUUGGAAAGACCUUUGAAGGAGAGGUCUUUACAGUUCCUCAAACCAAAGACAUGUUAACUUCGGUGUUUGAUCCAUCAUCGCGCAAGUCUCUAUUCGAUAUCUUCACCCUAUCUGUGAUGGCUCUCCAGAUCGUCCUCUUCUUAUUCCUUCCGACAUCAACAUCGCGUUGGUUAUUUCUCGGCCUAUUUACAUUCUUCCGGUUAGCGUAUAACUGUGGACUGGGAUUAUUACUGAAAAUGCAGAGCGAUAAAAAAGUCUUGGUUAAUUGGGCAAAGAAAAAAAAAUUAUUCAAAAAGGACAGCAAGUUGUCUGAAAUUUUUAAGAGAGAGUUGAGCUCUAAGAUGGGGGAUGACUAUCACUUUGAG